ACAUAGCAUGGUGGGAGACAAGGCGAGAGGGGAGAUGAACGCUUUUCAGAGAAAUGAAUCCAAGGAAACUUUGUUCACUUUUAUUUCUGCAGGAGAUGAUCCCCCCAAAGGAGAUUUUCCUCUUCAGAAAAAAUCCCCGAAACUCUGUGGCUCCAACUACCCCUUGAGCAUUGCCUUCAUUGUUGUGAAUGAGUUCUGUGAGCGCUUCUCCUACUAUGGCAUGCGAGCUGUCCUGACACUCUAUUUCUUAAGUUACUUCCACUGGGAUGAGAACCUCUCCACUGCUGUGUACCAUGCCUUUUCUGCUCUGUGUUAUUUCACACCUGUCAUUGGAGCCAUCAUGGCAGACUCAUGGCUGGGGAAAUACAAGACAAUCAUCUACCUCUCCAUUGUGUAUGUUGUUGGCCAUCUGAUAAAGUCAGUCGGUGCCAUUCCAUCCAUGGGCAACCAGGCAGUUCAUGUGGUCCUGUCUAUGAUUGGUCUGUUUUUGAUCGCCCUUGGAACGGGAGGUAUCAAGCCCUGUGUCUCUGCAUUUGGUGGGGACCAGUUUGAAGAGGAACAUACCGCAGAGAGAAGCAAGUUUUUUUCCAUCUUCUAUUUAUCCAUUAAUGCUGGAAGUUUGAUCUCCACGUUUGUAACUCCUGUAUUAAGAGGGGAUGUGAAAUGUUUUGGAGAGGAUUGUUAUGCACUAGCUUUUGGUGUCCCAGCAGCACUGAUGGUGUUGGCACUUGUUGUGUUCAUUGCUGGAAGUGGACUGUACAAAAAAACACCACCACAAGGGAACGUCUUGCUGGACGUGUGCAAAUGCAUCGGUUUUGCUAUUAAAAAUCGGCUGAAAAACCGCUCCCGUGAGAUUCCAAAGAGAGAUCACUGGCUGGACUGGGCGUCAGAAAAAUACUCGAAACAGCUGAUUGCAGAGGUGAAAAUGGUGACACGUGUUCUCUUCCUCUUCAUACCACUGCCAAUGUUCUGGGCCCUGUUUGAUCAGCAGGGAUCCAGGUGGACUUUGCAAGCCACAAAAAUGAAUGCUGAUUUUGGAAUAUAUGUCCUUCAGCCUGACCAAAUGCAGUUCUUAAAUCCACUUCUUAUUCUUGUCUUCAUCCCAAUUUUUGACCUUGGGCUCUACCCCCUGAUAAACAUGUGCAAAUUUAAUUUCACACCUAUUAGGAAAAUGGCAACAGGUAUGAUCCUUGCAGGGCUGGCAUUUGGACUUGCAGCUGUUAUAGAAGUCAAAAUAAAUGAAACUGAUAUGCCUCGACUUGCCCCAGAAGAAAGUUUAAUUCGGGUCCUGAAUUUGGCAAAGGACCCUGUUCAAGUGACAAUCCAAGACAAGGACCUAUUUCAGCAGCCUGUGGAGGCUUUUCAGAACCCGGCUGAGUACUCAAAAUUAAUAUUGAAUGGAGAGCAACAGAGCCUUCGCUUCACCCUGCAACAUCAAGGAUUAUCUCUUGAUUUUAACUACACCUUGAAGGAAAAAUCAGUAUACAGCUUAAUUGUUUUUGAGGCAGAAGGAAGCCUAUCAAGCCGCUUAAUUACAGACUUGGAAGCAAAGCCCGAAAAUGGUUUGGCAGCUGUUAGAUUCAUUAACGGUUUGAGCCAAGAUGUCAACCUCACAAUUGAUAGUAAAAGGUUUAUUGCUGUUCAGAAAAACUACAGUGCUUCUGAGUACUCACUGCUGCAGAGGGAUAUAUAUAAUAGUGGAAAAUGCAUAACUGAAACAGGAGAGUUCCCCCUGGAGCUGGGGCUGAUUGACUUCGGUGCCUCAUACACCAUUGUGAUAACUAAUAUUUCUGGAGAUGCUGUUAAGAUAUGGAAGUCUGAAGACAUCCAAGCCAACAAUGUCCAUAUGGCUUGGCAGUUACCACAAUACUUAUUAAUAUCUGCUGGGGAGGUGAUGUUCUCCAUUACGGGUCUGGCCUUCUCCUAUUCUCAGUCUCCAGCCAGCAUGAAGUCGGUGCUGCAGGCAGGCUGGCUGCUCACGGUGGCUGUUGGGAAUACCCUUGUGCUCAUUGUUGCUGAGGCUGCACCAAUGGCACAGUGGGCUGAAUUUGUCUUGUUCACUGUUCUCCUCUUUGCUGUGUGCAUUAUUUUCUCCAUCAUGGGAUAUUUCUAUGUCAGUGUGGAUCCAGAGGACCUAGAAGAAAAGGAAGAGAAGAGAGAGACCUCAAGCAGAGGAAACAUGAUUGGUCUUGUUACUCAGAAAACAAAACUCUAA